AUGUUCAUAGAAAUAUCAUAUUACUACUGGAACUCCAUUAUCCAGAUCACCUUUUACGAGGAGAGGAACUUCAAGGGACGUCAUUUUGAAUGCAGCAAGGACUGUGAGGACUUGCUUAGCCACUUCAACUGCUGCAAUUCUAUCAGGGUGGACAGCGGGUGUUUAAUGGUGUACGAGAAUCCCAACUUCUCAGGCCACCAGUACUUCCUGAGUCGAGGCGAAUACACUGACUUCCAUUGCUGGAUGGCCGUAAAUGACUGUAUCAGCUCAUGCCGCAUCAUCCCCAUGAUGAGCUCUGAUUCUGGGUCAUUUAACGUGCGUCUUUACGAGCGAUUAGAGUUUGGAGGUCAGAUGAUGGACCUCCUGGACGACUGUCCCAGUGUAAUGGACCGUUUCCACAUAAAUGACAUCUUCUCCUGCAAAGUUACCAAAGGAAAUUGGCUGUUCUAUGAGCACCCCGACUACAGAGGCAGGAUGUACCUCAUUAGGCCUGGGGAGUACAAGAGGUUCAGUGAAUGGGGGGGCAUAAGUGCCAGAGUGGGUUCCAUUUGCCGCAUCACGGACUUCUAAAGCUAAGGAGAGCUUCUAUGGUAUAAGACAAACAGUGGGACUGUAACUAUUUGAGCAUCAAUCACCAUUCUGUACAUUACAGUUAAUCUCUAUGAUACUGUACAUGAGAUACUCUCAGAAAGGUUAGAAUAUACAAUGCUCGGGUUUUCAAUCCAUUUUAGACAAAGACAUACUUUUUUGUUGAUCAGACAUUUUGGACGUUUUUUUGAAAAGAUCAGUCAUUCUACAAUCUCAUUCUUGAAUGUGAUCUGAGAGAAAAAAAACUUUGGUGACACCUGUUUUCAUCUCGUACUUGAUGUUAUAUCGAUCGAUGAGAUGUAAUAUACAUGUCUUCCAUGGACUCCUGUGGUUCCGCCAGUCCCCACCGAGAGAGGAGUUCCAGGCCUACAUACCAUACCAAGGUUCAAGACAGCACCAUUUUUCUUAAAUUAAAUUGUG